AUGGUUAAAGAUACAAAACUCUACGAUUUGCUAGGCGUGCAACCCUCGGCAAACGAGACAGAAUUGAAAAAGGGCUACCGUAAGGCUGCUCUGAAAUACCAUCCCGACAAGCCUUCAGGAAAUGCUGAGAAAUUUAAAGAAAUAUCGGAGGCUUUUGAAAUCUUGAAUGACGCUCAAAAACGUGAGGUUUACGACACUUACGGUCUGGAGGCCGCCAGAAACGGUGGUCCCGCGUUUGGAGGUGCUGGUGGCCAAGAUGGUCACCCUGGCGCUGGAUUCGGAGGCGCUCACGCUUUCUCGAACGAGGACGCCUUCAACAUCUUCUCACAAUUCUUCGGUGGCUCUGGCGGCGGGGCCUCACCUUUCGGUGGUGGUUUCGGUGGAGCUGAAGAGUCUUUCGGUGGAUUCAGCAGCGGCGGAGGAUUCCCUGGUGGAGGUCAUGGCGGAUUUUCUAGUGGGUUUCCCGGUGGAACGAGUUUCCGGUCCGCAGGUGGAAUGCCUGGCGGAUUCCAAUCCGGAGCUUCUUCGCCACCUCCAGAAGAAAAAACUGUUCAAGUCAACCUUCCAGUAAACUUAGAAGACUUGUUCCAAGGAAAGAAGAAGUCGUUCAAAAUCACCCGCAAAGGACCUGGUGGUACAUCCGAGAAACAACAGGUUGAUAUUCAGUUGAAACCUGGUUGGAAGGCUGGCACCAAGAUCACCUACAAAAAUGAGGGUGACUAUAAUCCACAAACUGGACGCAGACAAACCAUGCAGUUUAUCCUUCAGGAGAAACCUCAUGAGAAGUUCACCAGAGACGGCAAUGAUCUAACAUACUCUUUGCCUCUAACAUUCAAAGAGUCGCUCCUGGGAUUCAACAAAACCAUACAAACCAUUGACGGAAGAACGCUACCAAUUUCCAGAAUACAACCGGUUCAGCCGUCAGAAGUGUCAAAGUACCCAGGCCAAGGUAUGCCGAUCGCCAAGACGCCAAGUCAGCGCGGAGACCUAAUAGUGAAAUACAAGAUUGAUUAUCCUACCUCUCUAAGCGCUUCUCAGAGAAGUGCAAUCAUGGAGAACUUUUAA